GCCCGGCGGGGUGGGGCCCUGGUGAGACGCCGGGUGCCCCGGCAGAGGCGCCCUGCUUCCUUCCGCUCUCAGCGGUUUCCAUCGCCGCUCACAGGAAGCCUCAUGCUAGCAGCGAUGUCUCGGCAGCUCAGCCGGAUUAUGCGCCCAGACGACGCCAACAUCGCGGGGAAUGUCCACGGGGGAACCAUCCUCAAGAUGAUCGAGGAGGCAGGAGCCAUCAUCAGCACCCGCCACUGCAAUUCCCAGGCCGGAGAGCCCUGUGUGGCUGCACUGGCACGGGUGGAGCGGACGGACUUCCUCUCGCCGAUGUGCAUUGGCGAGGUGGCCAACGUCAGUGCCGAGAUCACCUACACCUCCCGGCACUCUGUAGAGGUUCAGGUCAACGUCAUGUCUGAAAACAUUUUAACAGGGGCAAAGAAGGUGACAAACAAGGCGACACUGUGGUAUGUGCCACUGUCCCUGAAGAACGUGAAUAAGGUCGUUGAGGUUCCCCCCAUCCAGUAUGCGAGAAAGGAGCAGGAGGAUGAGGGGAAGAAGCGUUAUGAGGAGCAAAAGCUGGAUCGGCUGGAAACUAAGCAGAGAAAUGGUGACGUGAUCUUACCUGUCAUCAACCCAGGCAGAGGUGGAGAGGUGGCACAUGAGGAAUGUUGGGGGAUGAAAGUUGCUCAAAUGGUUUUUUCUCCUCUGUCCUCCCUGCUCACAGACCGGCAGACAAAAGAGCCACACACCGUUGGCUACAGCCAGUCCAGCCUGAUCCACCUGGUGGGCCCGUCGGACUGCACGCUGCUGGGCUUUGUGCAUGGAGGUGUCACCAUGAAGCUCAUGGAUGAGGUUGCUGGGAUUGUGGCGGCCCGCCACUGCAAGACCAACAUCGUCACUGCCUCGGUGGAUGCCAUCAACUUCCAUGAGAAGAUCAAAAAAGGCUGUGUCAUCACUGUCUCAGGACGUAUGACAUUCACAAGCAAUAAGUCCAUGGAAAUAGAGGUCUUUGUGGAUGCUGACCCGUUUGUGGAUGAGCCACGGGAGCGGUACCGUGCCGUCAGCGCCUUCUUCACCUACGUGUCCCUGAGCAAGGAGGGGAGGCCCCUGCCUGUCCCGCAGCUGCUGACGGAGACCGAGGACGAGAAGCGUCGCUUCGAGGAAGGGAAGGGCAGGUACCUGCAGACCAAAGCCAAGCGGCAGGCGCAGAUGCAGCAGGCUGCCCAGCAGUGACCUGUGUGGCACCAGCGCCCACCAAACAUACAGGUUGUUCCCGUUCGUUUUGUGUCCGGCCCGCGCCAGCCCCGUUCCUCCGCCCGCCCCAGCCUGCUGCCGGCUCCACCGCUUUGCUGCUGAUGGGCUCAGCACCUCAGACCUCGUGCUUCAGGUGGCUGAAGCUCCCUGAAAGCCCCCAGGAGUCUUCCCAGGCACUCACCAUCUGCCUCCAGAGCCCUUGUUGGUGUUUGUUGUGUUGGUGACGCUCCUGCCUGUGUCAGAGCCAGGCUGGAGGCGUGUGGUGGCUCGAGGGGCGCGUGAGGCCGCGAGUCUUUGUGCUGCUGUGUUCGACUCGCUGGUUUGUCCUACCGUGCACACCAAAGCUUUCGUGCUGUGCCGCGCCGGGGCCGCACUGAAUGUCUGUGACAUCUCUAGGUAGUUUUCUGUGCGCAUCUAAGUUAUUUAAGGAAUCCUGUGGCAUAAAUAAAAUCUGUUUCAUUGACUGGAAUGAAA